AAGUUUAUCCAUGAGUUGCGUAUCUGACAGAUUUAACUCGACAUUGAUAAACCGGCCCUUAGUCUAAUUGCGCAAAAUCAUUGAUCGCUAAGUCUCCAAUUAUCUGAUCACUCAAUUUUCACAGUAACUAUAGUUUUGAAUAAUGAAAGUCAUAAAAAAUUGUCAUGUAAUGACAUACUAACAAACAUUUUAAUAUUCUUUGAAAAAACGUGGAAAGUUUAAACCACUUACAAAAAUGCUUUGCAAUUGUGGUAACAUAAAAUUAACCCCUUGUCAAUGUUCUCCUCCACCAAAACCCGCUCCUCCUCGAAUACAAGACACCUAUAAAUUCGAUUAUGGCAUGGAAAGAGAUCUUCUAGAACAUGAAUUACUAUAUAAAAAUCGAAUAAUUUAUUCACUUCCAGUAAAAGUGGAUAAUUGGAAUGAAGAUUUGUUUCUAAAAGAAGAAAAAACCAAGUUGACAAAUAUGAAACGGAUGCGUUGCGAACUUCUUGUCGAAAAAACCAGGGCGAUGUUGAAAAACCUGUUGAGACCGAUUUUCUUAGCCAGCGAUCGUCCAUUCAUCGAAUACACUAGAGUUUAUCAGAUAGUCGCUUCGGCUAUGCCAAGCACCUUAACCCCGUGUGGUAAAUACGGGUUGUACUUAGCCGGUUUAAUUAGUGAGAACGAUUUGGAUCACGGCACCCACUUUUCACACGGCUGCGGACUAACGGCGUCUCCGGAUUCUCAACCGUCCGUGAGGAACAGCUUUAUAUUUCGCGGUUGCGCUAGGGAAAGACACGAAGACGAGGCCGUUUAUUACGGAGAAGACGUUUACAUACAGAUUUACGAAUCCGGAGUUUGCACACCGCUUUACAUCCGGUGCGAAUCGUCUAGUUACGAUAAUUUUGGUACUAGAUUGGUGUUGCGUUUAUCGCAAAGUCCGGAUUUUUAUUGUAGGUUUAAAGUGUAUCCUUGGAUGCCCGACGUUCGGUACGAAUCUGAAGGAUCGGCGUUUGCGCCCAAUUCAGAAGUAAUUAUUAAGCAUACAGCAACCGGAAGGAAUUUAGCGGUGGAAUAUAAUCACUGGGUACCGACAUUUUUUGGACCCGAAUGUGUUGUUACGUGUCAUACCUACCAAGAUUCGCACCGAAUGGAAACUGCCGAAAAUUUAUGGAAGAUUUGUCAGUUUCAAAAGACUGAUAAGACUUUGUUUGUUAGAGCUGCUAAAGGGGAAGAUAUUCCUGAUCAUUUGAUUGGUUAAACUUUCUGUAUUUAUUUUUUUAAAUAAAAUCGGUUGUAUAUUAUUAUGUAGAAAACUUAA